UUGCAAACAACUUUGAAAAAUUCUAGGAUUUCCAGCAAAUGUAAAAUUGAUGAAUGCUAUGGGGUGCGUGUCCUUGGUAUUAUUUAUUGAAGAAACUAGAAGAUCUCAAUUCGUCUAUACGAGGGGCCCACUAAAGCCUGUGGGGGUUGGAUCUCAAUUGACUACCCUAAAUCUAUCAAGUAGCGCUGUUGUUAGCCUUCCUAUAUGGUUCAACACAUUUGUUAGAUUGAAGUGGCUUUUCUUGAAAGAUUGUAAGCAACUUCAAGAAAUUCCGGAACUUCCACCAAGUGUUGAAAUGGUAUAUUUGGUUGGAUGCACUUCAUUGGAAAGACUUCCAUUUAAUAAUAUAUACAAUUCACCAAUGCUCGAAUGGAUUGACUUGUCCGAUUGCCCUGAACGCAUAAGGAAUGACUUACAAAUUCAUUUAGUCAGUGAGGGACAUCCUCAGGGGCAUCGAUUUGGCUGUAUAUUUCCGGGAAAUAAGAUUCCAGAUUACCUCAGCCAUGGGAAAGAGGUUUCAAAUACUAAAUCGCAUGAAAUAGAUAUCAAUGAGCCUAUGCAUUUGGAUUCGGAGAAUACUAGAUUUGUUUUCUUUGCUGUUAUUGGAACAGAGGAUGUACAAGAUGAGGCUUCUUUUCAAAUUUGGAAAGUCAUCAAUAACGUAUCUCAUUGCUCUUAUGAUAUAUGUAUUUCAUCCGGCUCAGAUCAUGUAUGGUUGCAUUACCUUGGUUUACAUCAUUCUCAGGUAGAGGCGGACAAUAUUCGACUUACAUUUAAGUGUGUGGAUGAAUUUGGUAAUCCUUCAAAAGAACGUGUGGUGUCAUGA